UUUCACAGCGUUAGACUGGUCGCCAUGUUGCUACACAAUACGUGUACAUAUAUAUGAUGCAGCCAUUCAAAACACCCACACACUAACCACACGCAUUGUACAAGAUGCUUUACCAUAGCUGUUGAUGGCAGCCAUGAUGGAAACAUUAGAUGUUUUGUUUGUUGUCUGUCUGACAUUAUCAAAUAUCUUUGGGACAUCGUGUGUUUCUAAAGGAAAAUUUAGUCGCAUUGAUGGAUAUAUGUUAUCAAGUGGUGGCCCUAAAUUUCAUUACACCACACUAAGUUGUGGUAUUAGGUGUUUCCAUAACACAUCAUGUUUGUCCUUCAACUAUCACGUUAAGACUGAAGAGUGCCAGUUUAAUAUAUAUUCCCCCUAUACCAAACCGUUGGAUGUUCUUCAGGCACCAGAGUGGGCACUCUACAAUCUAAAAAGAGACAAUGACUGGAAACUGGUUUUCAGAGCCAAGGCCGGUAAUAACUUGAGUCCCUAUCAUACUUGGAUGGGAACAUCAUCUCCACCGACUCCAGUUGAGGACGGCUGUCUACUUAUGACGGGAACGUCCAACUGUACCUCCAUAUAUAGAAGUCAUGUUCUGACCACGUGGGAUUCAGAAAGUAUAUCUGAGGUAAAACUGGAAAUGUACAAAGAUGGAAACAUGACUGUAAACAUUCGAUUUAAUGGUACAGGAUCCACGUACACCAACUGGUUUGACCACAACAGGUUGAUAGACAGUGGCUGGAGUACCAUGUCGAAAAAUCGCACUUUCAAUUUCUUUUCCCUGCGUGGGGACUGCAAGCGGACAUUUUUUGUUAACGAGUUUUAUCUCAUUUGUCCAAAGGACUUGGGGUGGAUGAUUGUCAUUGAUCCGAUUGUUGGCAGCUGCCCCUGUGGUUAUGACACUCAGUCCGAUAAACCUGCAUUUCUAUUUGCUCAAGGAGAUAAUGUCACACGUUGGGAAAAUAACGAUUACGGACGAGCAGAUGUCUUAGCUGUGUUCAUCAAGCGUUGGCUUGGUCACUGGAAUCGUUAGUACAUAAGAGGAAAUCGGAAGUAUUUGUUUAUUUAUAAUACCUUUUUUAACAAUGUUAAAAUUACCUUUUUCGAAUAUCAUAAACAUGUAGGUGUUUUUCUGAAUGUAAAUGUAAAUAAACUCAUAAUGUUGACGAUAGCUGUAAAAUGUUAGGAAUCAAAUAGGGAAUCCUUCGCAAGUUAAUACUUUGAAUCGUAAUAAACAAAACGGAAUAUAUAUGCUUUCUUUUGUUAGAAGAGAAAAUCUUUAUUUUGAAACUGGCUGGAUCAACAUCGCAAACGUCACAAGCUUAAGCUUUUCUAUAAAAUCACAUAUUUUUCCUCCACUAGGAUUUGCCUCAAAUCCAUACAAUUUCUUAUUUCCGUUAACAACUUACACUUAAUCCGGUUAUACCUUAUACUCACAGAUUGAUUAUUAAAUGAUCUUCACACUAUAUUUAAACCAUUUAAAAAAAUUCUUUAUAGACAUUCUUGCCAAUCGAAAUGUGCCGGAUUACUAUUUAAUCGGUGACUACAAACUAGAUAUUUUAUUAACCAGACUUUGUUAUAAAAUGCAGCAGUUUAAACGGUGACCUCUUCAAUAUUUAUCUAAUCAACUCUCCUUUUUGUGUAAGUGAAUAUCCAAAUAAAAAUGUUCAUCGUAUCUAAUUUUAAUGUAGAAGAUAUACUGAUCAACGUUUUCAGUUGUUAAGAAACAUUCAUAUAUAUAUAUGCCUCUAACCUUAGUUAAAUCAUUAUUUAAGAUUACUCUGGUGAUGAACUUAUGACGUGUGUACAUAUGUCUAAUAGUAAUAUCAAUUACCUGCAGGUUAUAGAUUGGUAACGUUCUUGUGUCUCUUCAUCAGUCCCCCUGGUCUUUUUUGCUCACCUUUAUUUUGUUUCUCGAUUUCAUGGCGAAGCAUGAAUAUAUUUUUCAUAAUUAAUUGAUUUCUGCAAUGUUAAACAUGAGAGCCUAACUGCAUGUUAGCGUGUAGUACGAAUUGGUGAGAGCGAUUGGAUGUAUGUAUGUGUUAAUGAGAGUGUAAGUGUGUAGGCUCGAUAUUUUUGUAUAUAGUUCCAUAGUUAUAAAUAUAUGGACUAUAACCAAGUAGUGGACUAUUCGAGAAACCAAGGAAUCUGAGGGAGAACGCUUAUUAACACCGGAAGUGAUAAACAUUAAAAUAGCCAGAAGCCUGGCAUAGUGUAUGGACUGCGUCGGCUAUCAUGGAUUGUACUAUUUGCAUGGCACAUAUUUAAUAUUGCACCAAAGUGUUAAAAUAAAUUUCAUUAUGAUUAGUAUGAUAAAUAAUAAAAAAGCAUGCAUUGAAUAUCUGUUGUAUAUAUGCAGUUAAUGUUGUAAUGGUGUAACUUGUGUCCAAUCCUAAACUUCAUGGCAAUAAUUGUGUAAAAAAGCAACAUAAAAGACAAUACAUAUAGAGUGAGGUAGACUAAAUGUUAAUGAUGAAGUAAAACUAUGAAACGUAUGUUUGAACAUUGAUAUGUUGAUUUGGUGAAAGGGUUUGCUAAUAUCAACAGUCUAUCGGAAACUCUUCUAGAGUCAAUUUUCAAUCGAAAUAUAGGUUUCUACGCCAACCUAGUUGCUCUUACAAGUCUGAAAACGGACCCUGGCUCCAUAUUUAAAGUACAAUGUAAUAUUGAAAAGAAGGGUAUCAUCGAAUUGUUGAUUAAGUCACUAGCUGUU